AUGGUCUCUGAUACGAGCCGUGCGGCCCACUUAGGGAGCUUGACCUACGGUGUGAAUAAGCAGCGCUUGUGCUCCGACCAAGCACCUCGCCAGAGGAGCACCGCGGGCCGCUUACGCCUGCGAGAGGUUGCACACCGCCUUGUCAGGGAUCCAUCCCCGUGUUCCCUCACACGGGAAAUCCCGUCUCCGGGAAAUGGCAGCGCCGCGAGCGCGUCCGAGCGCACUGAGGCGGCUUUGGCUGUUUCCAGGUCAGCGGUGCCGAGGGCGAAACUUGUCUGUCUUCGUGUGUUGGGAAACGUGCGGGAUGGGGAGCGCCUUUUUGCAGGUCCCUCGGCUCGGUGCGAGUGCUGGGGGCUCCUGCGCCUCGGGGCCCAGGCGGGAGGCAUCCGCCGCCGAGCGGCUCGUGGCCUUGUCUUGAGCACGGGUACAGAAAGCAGAACAGACCUUGAAGACCUGCACCUUUACGCAACUCCGCGGGAGCAGCGGUUUCGUAGGUUUGCCAGUCUGGAAUUUGAGGGACAGCUGUAUAUGACUCCAUAUGACUUCAUUCAGGCUGUCACGAAUGAUGAACCUAAACAUGCUAGAAAGUGGAGAUGUCUUUCAAAGCAGGAACUGAAUCAAAUACUUAUGGAAACGCCACCAGUUUGGAAAGGAUCAUCUAAACUUUUCCGUAAUCUUAAUGAGAAAGGUGUGAUAUCUUACACAGAAUAUUUGUUCCUGUUAUGUAUUUUAACAAAGCCUCAUGCAGGUUUUAGAAUUGCUUUCAACAUGUUUGAUACUGAUGGCAAUGAGAUGGUGGACAAAAAGGAAUUUUUAGUGCUACAAGAGAUCUUCAGGAAAAAAAAUGAGAAGAGAGAAAGAAAAGGAGAUGAAGAAAAACGUGCAAUGCUUCGCCUUCAACUUUAUGGAUAUCAUACUUCUACUAACAGUGUACUUAAAACAGAAGGAGAGGACCUUGUCCCCAGAAGCUACUGGGAUACUUUGAGACGUAGCACAAGCCAAGCACUCUUUUCGGACCUUGCAGAGCGUGCUGAUGAUAUUACCAGUUCACUAUCAGAUACUACACUGCUUGUACACUUUUUUGGCAAGAAGGGAAAAGCUGAACUGAACUUUGAAGAUUUUUAUAGAUUCAUGGACAACCUACAAACUGAAGUUCUGGAGAUCGAAUUUCUUUCCUACUCUAAUGGGAUGAACACCAUCAGUGAGGAAGACUUUGCCCAUAUUCUUUUGAGAUACACAAACGUGGAAAAUACAUCAAGUUACCUGGAAAACAUGCGCUGCAGGAUUCCUGAAGAAAAGGGUAUCACAUUUGAUGAGUUCAGGUCAUUCUUCCAAUUUUUGAACAACCUAGAAGACUUUACAAUUGCAAUGCAAAUGUAUAAUUUUGCAAGUCGUUCCAUAGGUCAAGAUGAAUUCAAGCGUGCUGUGUAUGUAGCCACUGGGCUGAAGCUUUCACCACACUUGGUGAAUACAGUGUUCAAGAUUUUUGAUGUCGACAGAGAUGACCAGUUGAGUUAUAAAGAGUUUAUCGGCAUUAUGAAAGAUAGACUUAAUCGAGGGUUCAGGGAGACCCCAAAAUAUGGUUGGAACGAUUAUUAUUCCUGUGUGAUGACAGUAACGGGCGAACAUCUCAGAGAUCUAUGGAAGCAGUUUCGGAGACGUGAUAUGCUGAGAUAAAGACAGAGCGACCGUGGGCACUAGUUCUACUACUUUUCCGUCUAUACACUGAGUGAA